ACACGAGGAGAAAGCGCUUCUCCAAAACGUCACCGUUUCAUAUUAUAUUUUGGUUGAGUUGUCUCAUCAAAACUCAUCAGAAGACAACAUGGGGGCAGGAGGGCGAAUGCCUGUCAACAACACCAAAACUGAACAGAAGAACCCUCUUUCUCGAGUCCCAUCUGCAAAACCUCCCUUCACAGUUGGUGACCUCAAGAAAGCCAUCCCACCCAACUGCUUCAAUCGUUCCCUCAUCCGUUCCUUUUCGUAUAUGGUAUACGACCUUAUUGUUGUCUUUCUGCUCUACCAUGUCGCCACCACUUAUCUUAACCUUCUGCCGUCUCCCUUCUCCUAUGUUGCCUGGCCCGUUUACUGGAUACUUCAAGGAUGUGUCCUCACUGGAAUUUGGGUCAUAGCACAUGAGUGUGGUCACCAUGCAUUUAGUGAUUACCAGUGGGUUGAUGACACCGUGGGCCUUAUCCUCCACUCUGCUUUACUCGUCCCCUACUUCUCGUGGAAAUACAGCCAUCGCCGUCACCACUCCAACACCGCAUCACUUGAGCGCGAUGAAGUCUUUGUCCCUAAACCCAUAACAAAAAUACCAUGGUUCUCUAAAUACUUUAACAACCCACCGGGCCGUUUGAUAACUUUACUUGUCACGCUUCUGCUCGGCUGGCCCUUGUACUUGGCUUUCAAUGUAUCUGGCCGGCCAUAUGAUCGUUUUGCAUGCCAUUACGCUCCUAACAGCCCCAUUUUCAACACCCGUGAAAGGGUCCAAAUUUGGAUUUCUGAUGUCGGGCUUGUUGUUGUUUCAUACGUGCUAUAUCGUGCGGCUAUAACCAAAGGCCUUGUGUGGCUUAUAUGUGUCUAUGGUAUCCCAUUGCUAAUUGUAAACGGUUUUCUUGUUAUGAUCACAUACCUUCAACACACACACCCUUCAUUACCUCACUAUGAUGAUUCCGAGUGGGAUUGGCUAAGGGGGGCUUUAGCAACCGUGGAUCGUGACUAUGGUGUACUAAACAAAGUGUUUCAUAACAUAACCGAUACACAUGUGGCACAUCAUUUGUUCUCUACGAUGCCUCAUUAUCAUGCCUUGGAAGCAACGAAAGCGAUCAAGCCUUUGCUUGGGGAGUAUUAUCGGUUUGAUGACACCCCAUUUCAUGUGGCAAUGUGGAGGGAGGCGAAAGAGUGUCUUUACGUUGAGUCGGAUGACCAGAAGAAAGGAGGCGUCUUUUGGUAUAAGAAUAAAUACUAAUGAAGUAGACUUGUAUCGUGUUUUAUGUAUAAGUGAAGAACCAGGUAAUAUUGUAGGAUGUGUUUACAUGUAUGUGUAUGGUCUAUUGUAAGUUGUAAUAUGGUCUUUGUUGGUUGCA